AUUUACUAGUAUGGCCUGAUUAUUCGCGGCUGCCCGGCUUGAGCAUUUCCAAGGGUCCAUGCCCCCACCAAACGCAAACGCAAAUGAGGCUCAGGGGCUGGCCUCCAAAGUACACGCUGCGCCAUUUGUACCAGGGGGAUCUUCAGUAGGCGGCAAUAGCAAGUCGCCUGGCGGGGGAUUCUUGCCGGACUCGAAAGCGGCCCCGUUUGUUCCAGGGUCCGCAAAGGGACCUCAAAGUGGCCCCGGCCCUGCGCCUGCUCGCCCGGGGGCUCCCCCAACCAAACUCGCGGCCAGCGCCGCGGCUUUCGUCCCGAAGGCGGAUGUAAAGGGAGGACGUGGGGAUGCGCCGGCGGGCGCUGAGAGCUCUGGAUCGCAAAUCGGCCCCCCCGGAGCUGGCAUGGGUGGCAGGGGCCCCGGGCCCAUGUCCUCGCCGUCGCCGGGACCCAUGGCGGGACCCAUGGGCGGCCGCGGCCCGGGCGGUCGCGGCGGCCGCGGUGGCAGCGCCGGCGGCGGUCCUGUGGGCCCGCCCCCGCCGGCCUUCGUGGCGGGGCCGAUGGGCGGCCGGGGUCCGGGCGGGCCGGGCCCCAGCGGGCGGGGUCGUGGCGGCCCGAUGGGCGGCCCGGGCAUGCCGCCGGGCGGGCCCAUGGGCGGGCCUGGCGGGCGGGGAGGGCGGGGCGGGCGCGGUGGUGGCAUGUACUUGGGACCCGGCGGCCCGGGCGGCAUGAUGCACACGUCGGGCGGCAGCCCCGGCGGCCCGGGCGGGAUGAUGAUGGGCGGGGGUGGCGGCGGCGGCUUUGGCGGGCCCAUGGGCGGCCCCGGCAGCGGCCCCGGCGGCGGCCCGGGCAGCGGCGGCGGCGCGCACGGUGGCGGCGGCGGCAGCAUGACCAGCUACGGCGCGGGCGGCGGCGGCCACCUGCCCACCUACCGCCCUCGUGACGCCUACCUGUGCGGCCCGGGCCGCGCCUAUGUGGGCCUGCACUUCCUGGAGGAGGGCCUGCGGCAGCAGCUGCAGCACCGCGCCUACAUGACCGCCGCGCAGUGGCAGGACGAGGGCGCCGACCCGGAUGCCCCGCCGCCCGCCACCCGCCUGGGCCCCUACCACAGCCUGUACCCGCUGGAGGAGGCGGCGAUGGGCCCAGCCGCCGCCGCCGCCGCCGGCGACCCGCCCUCCGCCGCCCUGGGCCUGCGCACGGCGCUGGUCAAGGGCAUCAGCGGCGUGGACGGCAGUGCGGCGGCGCUGCGGCGCAUCGACCCCAAGCAGCUGCUGCCCACUGCGGAGCUGCUGGCCCGGGCACGUGAGGCGGUGGCGGCCUGGGCGCCCCUGGCCAACCACCCCAACAUCGUGGGCCUGCGCGCCGCCUUCCUGGCCAGUGAGAGCCUGGUGGCGCCCGGCACUGGCGGCGGCGGGGGGGCCAACGACAGCGCGCUGGUGUUCGCGCACGACUUCCACCCGGGGGCGGUGUCGCUGGCGGCAGCACACCUGGUGCCGCAGAUGACUGCUGCUGGCCUGGUGUCCGCGCCCCAGCCGCCGCCCGAGGAGGUGGUGUGGAGCUACGCGGUGCAGAUGACGUCGGCGCUGAGGGCGGCGCACGGCUGCGGGCUGCUGCUGCGGCCCGCGUGCCUGCACCCCAGCAAGGUCCUGCUGACGGGCUUUGGCCGGCUGCGUGUGGGCGGCGUGGGUGUGCUGGACGCGGUGCUGGGCCCGGGGGCGGAGGCGCCGGGGCCGCACACCGAGGAGACGGCGCUGCUGCAGCGGCAGGACAUAUCGGCCAUGGGCGGCCUGCUGCUGACGCUGUGCUGCGCCGGCGCCGGCCCCGCGCCCAGCCUGGAACUGGCGGCAGCGCACUACAGCCCCGAGCUGGCGCGCUUCGUGGGGGCGGCGCUGGCGGCGGCGGACGGGGGGCCGCUGGGCAGCUGGAGGCAGCUGGUGUCGGCGCUGGCUGACCGCGCCUUCACGGAGCUGGACGGCGGCGGCGUGGCGCUGGACCACGCCGUGGGCGAGCUGGCCAAGGAGGUGGAGAACGGGCGGCUGCUGCGGCUGCUGGCCAAGAUCAACUUCGUCACGGAGCGGCCCGCGGAGGCAGGCAGCGAGGCGGACUCUGCCUGGUCCGAGUCCGGCGACCGCUACCUGCUCAAGCUGUUCCGGGACUUUGUGUUCCACGCCGCCAGCCCCGACAGCGGAGCGCCCCUGCUGGACUGGGGGCUGGUGGUGGAGGCGCUCAACAAGCUGGACGCGGGUGUGCCCGAGGAGCUGCUGCUGCUGGGCCGUGACGGCCAGUCCAUGAUGGUGGUCACCUACGCCGACGUCAAGCGCUGCCUGGAGAGCUCAUUUGGCGAGCUGCGGGCGGCGGCGCAGGCCGGGGCCGGUGGCGGGAUGGGCGCGCGCGGCAUGGGCGGCGGGGCAGGGCCGCUGGGCCGCGGCGGCGCCAUGCAGCCCGGCACGGGCGGGGGCAUGAUGAUGAUGCGGUGAUGUGCGCCGUACACACACACAUGUGCGUGUGAUUGCACACGUGUGUGUCAGGGGCACACCGGGGAAUGCAACGGUGUUUGGAGUGUUGGUGGGUGUGGAUGGGUGCGGGAGCGACAGCGUCAGGGCGGGGAGGAGUGUUUAUGGGUGUGUGGGUGAGUAGUGGAAGGGCGGGCACGAGACAUGCCUGCUUGUGCUUCUGGGGCUGUCGCGACGCCCACGCACGGCGUCUCGACUGGAGGUAGGGACGGAGGCGGCAUGGGCGCAUGUAUGGCCGCAUGGCGCGCGAAGUGGCUCGUGGCGCGCGUCGCUGGGGACGGGCAGCCAUCGCGCGGGACUGGGGGACCUGGCUGGUGCUGUGGCGUGUGUGUGCGUGGCUGCUGCGAGCGAGCCGCCGUAACGGCAGGCAGGGGCAGGCAUCGCUGUUGGCUGUUGGCUGGGCUCAAGCGCUGAGCAACGUAGAGCGCACUGCCGCUGCUGCUGAUAUGUGUAUGCGCGUGCGCGCUGGUACUUGUAGCUAGGUGGUAUGUAGGCGACUAAGGCGACCCUCCAUCCUCCACCAGCGUC